CAUUUCCCUGCUGCACCCGGAGGGAAACGUCAGGAACGUGCAUUGCAAGGACACUAUAAGACUGCCGGGGUUGUUGGGGUUAUAAAACAUACUGAUUUUGUGCUUUGGGAAUAGCAAAAAUGUAUCGGGGUCUACUCCGUACGGCUCGUCAGUGUGCGUUUAGUCUUCACCAAACGGGUGCUUUACCACCCAAAUGCGACAAUGCUGCACUUCCAGUGUUCAGGCUGGGACGCAGCGUGGGAAUCCACCCUUUCAUCACAAAUUCAACCAGCUACUGUGAAAACAAGGAAAAUGCUCCAGCCCCUCCUCAGCUGAAGGACAAGGAAGAUGCCCAAAAAGACAGUGCAUCGUUGGCAGCACCAACCGACCAGGCGAAGGUGGAGAUGACAGCCGAGUGUGAAGGAACCAAUCUGCCAGACAAUGCUCCACCACCGCCUCAGGCGAAAGACAAAGAAGAUAACCACAAAGGCAGUGACUCGUUGGCAACCCCAACCGACCAGGUGAAGGUGGAGAUUGCAGCCGAGUGCGAAGAAACCAAUCUGCCGGAGCAGGGCGAGACACUGUUGAAGACCGAAGAAGGAAACCAACAGAAAACAGAGGAGAGGCAGCCGAGGGUGAAGACGGGAAAGGAGAGUCUGCUAGACCUUCUGGUAGCCAUGAAGGUCGACGUCACCACCAGUAAGAAACGAUCUAAAGGCACGAAGAUCCCGGCACGGCACGAGCCCACGGUGACGCCCAAGCCAGCCGCUAUGGAGAGCACCCACAGCAUGUUCCAGAAGGCUACGGUGGAGGCGUCCAUCCAGAGUGACGCACAGCCCUCAGUGGCCAGCCUGAGUCCUGAGCUGGUGGCGGCGGCCUCGGCGGCGGCGGCCUCUCUGCACGACCCCAGCCGGGCCGAGUCUGAGCUCCUGCAGCAGCUGAGGCAGCACGAGGCCGAGCCCGAGGACCACAAGAGAGGGGAGGCCAACAAUAUAGGGAACAUCAUUGCGGACAUGAAGGUGGGCAGGCCGACCCCCAGACAACACGCGCGGUCUUCCAACACAAUCCACUUUGACGAGGACGGCCGGGGCUACAAGAAGAGCUUAUUUGAAAGGAAAAGACUGGGCAUCUUCAACCCUGCUACUGAUGAAGAAAGUACAGACGCAGCAAUAGCAGGGCCAAAUUUGUGGGACACAGAGUUUGCCAAUCUGUUGGUCCGGACAGCCAAUCAUAUGCCGAGGAACGGCUUUGAGGAGAUGAUCCAGUGGACCAGAGACGGAAGACUUUGGCAGUACCCGAUCGACAACGAAAUUGGCCUGGAGGAGGAGGCGGCGGUGGCGUUCCACGAGCACGUCUUCCUGGACCGCCACCUGGAGGAGGGCUUCCCGCGCCACGGCCCCGUGCGCCACUUCAUGGAGCUGGUGGUGGCCGGCCUCUCCAGGAACCACCACCUGAGCGUGCGCCAGAAGACGGAGCACAUCGACUGGUACCGCACCUACUUCCAGGAGAAGGAGGAUGUGCUCAAGGAGGCCGCCGCGUUCCUCAACUAGUCCGUCUGUGAACCUUUAUAUUAUAACACGCGCAGCGUCGGAUGUGGGGACGCACCGCGGAGGUCCGCACUGAACUGACCCCCCCCCCCCCUGGAGAGUUUAUUAGACUGAAAACGACUCGGUCAAUCAUUUGAGUAAACGUCAUCACAAAGACUGCCGUUGUGAGAGGAUGGAGUAAGAAGGCUCUAACCGUGUUUAUGUUACGUAUGCACUGGUAUCCAAUUCAUGUUUGUAUGUUAUUGAAAGAAAAUAUCCUUAUUUUCCGACCUUUUUGUUCUAAACACAGAAACCGAGAUGGAUCACACCCAAAAACACACAAUCACCUUGUAUUGUUUAUUUAAUGACUUCUCCCGUUUGUAUGCUUAUCCUCGUAUUCCUUUAUCAUAAUUCUACCAUGACAGUUGCCAAUACAGUUGGCCUGUCAUUUCUCCUUAUGUGUGAUCCAGCGCUGACUGAAAGCUGACACGCACUUCACUUUGAUAUUCAUGUUAAUUUAACAAACAAAGUCUGUAUGUACUGCAUCGUAUUUGUGUAGGUCUCAGUGGGCCCAACAGGCUGACCGUCCAGCCUAACUUUAAAAUGUUAAAAAAGUGCCGUAUUAAUAUGCCCACUAGUUGCCGCCAUUUCACACGUGCAAUCAUAGAAAUCGUCAUGCAGUCUACAGUUGUAGAUUAACUCAGUAAAUUUGACUUAAUACUC